UAGCGGGGCUCUACCCGGGCCGAGCAGACCUCCGUUUGGGCACGUGGAAAUCCGAGAUGAAAAUCGGGGAUUUCGUCCGGGAAUCCUUCGCGAAAUGUAGGUGAUCGUCGAAGUGCGCGAGGGAGAAUCCGCGGGUGCGAUGUGCUUCCGGGAGUGGCUCUUCGUUUUCCUCCUCAUCCUCGUCUACGCGUUGACGGUGGCGCGAGGGAACCCGGACGCCAAGAGACUCUACGACGACCUGCUCAGCAACUACAAUCGCCUCAUCCGACCCGUCAGCAACAACACCAACACCGUCCUCGUCAAGCUCGGGCUCCGACUCUCCCAGCUCAUAGAUUUGAAUCUGAAGGAUCAAAUUUUGACGACUAACGUUUGGCUUGAACACGAAUGGGAGGAUCACAAAUUUCGAUGGGAUCCUGCCGAGUAUGGCGGCUGCAAGGAACUUUAUGUUCCCUCGGAACAUAUCUGGCUUCCGGAUAUUGUUCUCUACAACAACGCCGACGGAGAGUACGUGGUGACGACGAUGACGAAGGCAGUGCUCCACUUUGACGGGAAGGUCGUCUGGACGCCGCCGGCCAUCUUCAAGUCCUCGUGCGAAAUCGACGUCCGCUACUUCCCGUUCGACCAGCAAACUUGCUUCAUGAAGUUCGGAUCUUGGAGCUACGACGGCAACCAAAUCGACUUGAAGCAUAUUAACCAGAAGGCCGGAGCGGACAUGGUGGAGGUAGGAAUUGAUUUACGGGAGUACUAUCCCAGCGUGGAAUGGGACAUUCUCGGAGUGCCUGCGGAGCGCCACGAGAAAUAUUACCCGUGCUGCAAGGAGCCUUACCCAGACAUCUUCUUCAACCUGACCCUUCGGCGGAAGACGCUGUUUUACACGGUGAACCUGAUUGUGCCGUGUGUGGGGAUCUCGUACCUGUCGGUGUUGGUGUUCUACCUGCCGGCCGACUCCCGGGAGAAGGUGGUGCUCUGCAUCACGAUCCUCCUGUCGCAGACCAUGUUCUUCUUGCUCAUCUCCGAGAUCAUCCCCUCGACCUCGCUGGCCCUUCCCCUUCUCGGCAAGUACCUCCUCUUCACCCUCGUCCUCAUCGGCCUCUGCGUCGUCAUCACCAUCGGCGUCCUCAACGUCCACUACCGAAAGCCCAGCACCCACAAGAUGGCCCCCUGGGUCCGAAAACUCUUCAUUCGACGACUUCCUAGACUCCUCUUGAUGCGGGUGCCGGAGCAGCUGCUGAUCGACAUGGCGGCAAAGAAGCGGCUCAAGAACGCGACGUCGGCCAAGUUCAACGCAGCCCUAGCGGCCUCCUCGCUGGGCUCCUCGACGGAGUCCCUCCGGGGCCGGCACCCGUACAUGCCGGGCGGUGGCCCCGGCUGCAACGGGCUCCACGCCAACAACGGCGUCACGAACCGGUUCAACUCCCUCGUGGGCGCCCUCAGCGGCAGCGUCGAGGCUAUGAACAACGGUCAUGGGCAUGGGCACCCCGUGGUGGUCGCCCAGGACGACAACCUCAGUGACGCCCCUCAGAGGAAGAAGUACCCCUUCGAGCUCGAGAAGGCCAUCCACAACGUCAAGUUCAUCCAGCACCACAUCCUCCGCGAGGACGAAUUCGAUGCCGAGGAUCAAGACUGGGGAUUCGUGGCGAUGGUUCUGGACCGGCUAUUCCUGUGGAUCUUCUCCAUCACCUCCAUCGUCGGGACUUUCGUCAUCCUAUGCGAGGCGCCGGCUCUCUACGACGACACUAAACCUAUCGACUUGCAACUGUCUUCCGUCGCCCAGCAGCAGUUCCUCCCCGACGUCACCUCCGAUUUUUAGUAUGAUUAAUUUAGUCUUAGUGACGAUUUUCGCAAGUUGGCAACACUAAAUCUCAUCCACUUAACUGUGCGUGAAUAAUGGAGAUGUU